AGGCGAGCUCCUUGUCACUCCCUCCUGCCCCCCCCCCACCAGCACCACCCCUGGGUCUUCUUGCUGCCGCUUCCUCGUGGCAUCAGACGCUCUCAAGCCCCUGCGACUUCUUGCUGCCGCCAUGCGCUCCAUCAGGGUCUUUCCAGGAGUGCUGCAGCCUCCUGUGAUCCGAUGGAAGAGAGGGACGGGACGCUGCCCUCCCUUGGGCAUUGGCAGAGCCGGCUCCUCGGCCUCGGCUCAAGGCAGAGAGGCAGCGAUGGUGAACGGGCGUCACCAGCAACACCAGCAGCUGACGGACCAGUAAGGGAUGCAUGGGCCAUGUGUCGUAUCACUGUGGUGGAGGGGUGUGUGCAUAGGUGAUGUCAAAGUGUGUGUGGGGGGGCGUAUUUUGUUUUGCCCAUCCAGGAACUGUGUAGAUUUUGUUAAGCAGGAACUGGGUGCAGGAUUGAAUUAAGGGACUCUAGUGUCCUCCAGAUGUUGAUGGACUGGGCAUGGAGAGUAGUGGUGCAGCAAUAAAACGGCUAGCACAUUUGCAAAGCUAAGAAGGGUCCGGUAUGGUUCCAAAUUGGUUGGGGAAACCAUGUGUUGAGAUUCCUGCAUUGUAGCGGGUUGGACUAGAUGACCGUCAGGGUCCCUUCCAAUUCUUCAGUUCUAUGAUUCUAUGACUUCCACGUCUCAUCAGCUCCAACCGGCAUGGCCAGUGGCUAGAGAUGUUGGGAGUUGUAGUUCAUCAACAUCUGGAGGUAGUGCAGGUUCACACACACACACACACACACCCGCAUUAAUGAAUUGACUCCUCUACAAUGCAACCUUUUGUUUGACGCUAGCAAACUUUCCGCACUCAGAUACCCAGCCCAGCUGAUAUCCUGGCAGAAAUUAUCCAGCCCCACUUUGCUUGUAUGUUUCUUUGCAGAAUGACCAGCUGACAAAUGCUGCCAUUCUUAGGAGAGCUGUUAAACUUAAGGUGGUGUGGGGAAAAUAGAAAACCCGGGGUGUCACGAUCGAUGCGAUUCUGGAAUUGUGACGCACUUAGGACUUCAUGCACUGCCAAGCCUUGCACACUGAAGGGACACGUCUGCCCGUCCAGAGGCAGAGAAAAGAAGCCAGGUUGUCAGACUUCCAGACAUACGGCUUUUGUCAUUUCCGUGCUCUCUUAUUUUUGAUGCCAAUUAUUUCCGCCCAGCAUGAAACACCUAAAGUGCUAAAAGUAUUUGCUCCCUGCAGAAAUGCUGGCUGCCGUUUGAAGCAUACUCAUAAAAGAGUAGAAUUGCAUUCAACAUGGAAGAAAACACAGGAAAUAGGAGGCGGGGGGAUUGUGGUAGUGGCAUAGCCCCCACUGCCAGUGUCUAUGUGAUUAUGAAAACCUCUACAAGUGAUUUGUUUUGGGGGGUUUAAAUUAUUUGUCCAGAAUCUGAGCACUUUUCCCUGUAUCACUCUAGUGGAGGAACUCCUACAGUCUUUUAAAGGAGCCCACUAGGGCUAAGAUGGGAUUGUAGUUCAAAAUAUCUGGAGAGCACCAGAAUAGCAAAAACUGGGUUAACCUGUCCCCAGCCACAUUUUUAGUUCAGGUGGAGGAAAUGUGCAGCUUCCAACAAAACGUAACACUGAAAAUUUUCCAAUACUGGGCUGCCUUCAGAUGUUUUCAGAAAGUCGUAUAGUUGUUUAUUUCUUUGACAUCUGCCGGGAGGGCAUUCCACAGGGUGGGUACAACUACCAAGAAGGCCUUCUGUCUGGUUCCCUAUAAUUUCACUCCUCAACAGAGAGGGAACCGCCAGAAGGCCCUUGGAACUGGACCUCGAAGUCAGGGCUGGACAAUGGGGGUGGAGAAUCUCCUUCAGGUAUACAGGGUCAAGACCAUUUAGGACUUUAAAGGUCACCAUCAGCACUUUGAAUUGUGCUUGGAAAAGUACUGAGAGCUGAUUUAGAUCUUUUGGGACCGCUGUUAUAUGGUCCCGGCGGCUGCUCCCAGUCACCCUUCUAGCUUCAUUCUGGAUUGUCAGUGUGGGUAAUGACAACUAGAGGUUCCUUACCACUGCUUUAAAAAGUCUUGCUCUCAAAUCACCGGUAUUUAUUUUUAGAAAUCUAUAACCAACCCUUGCCAGGAGGGAUAUGUUCCUUUGCUCUAUUCCUUUGCCUCUCUGUGAGUUCCAUUCUCAGGCUGCUGCUGCCACUGCUUGUUUUUUAACUGUACACUUACCUGAGAGGUUGCCCAUACCUGAAAUGUGCAACAUGAAUGCUUUACAUCAGUGUUUCCCAAACUUGCGUCUCCAGCUGUUUGUGGACUACAAUUCCCACCAUCCCUGACCAGUGGUCCUGCUAGCUAGGGAUGAUGGGAGUUGCAGUCCCAAAACAGCUGGAGACCCAAGUUUAGGAAACACUGCUUUAAAUAAAUGAAUGAAUGUUAUGUAGGGGUGAAACAUGACCUGUUCUCUGUUGUGGCCUCUUGUCUCUCCGCAGGGAUGUGUCAGAAAAUGGGAUGCUGCCUCGCCUUAGUGACCUCCUUUUCUACACAGUAGCUGAAGGCCAGGAAUGUAUCUCCGUUCAUAAAUUCACCAGUGUAAGAUGCUUCCAGCUGUCCUAAAGGAUGGGUGGGAAAGGUGGGACUUGGGGGGGGCAUAUUCCCAGGCCUGCCUGGAGAUGCUGAGAGUGAAUCUGGGACCUUGUGCACUGCAAGCAGAUGCUCUACCACUUCCUACAACCACAUGAGGAAUCGGGCAUCUAGAACCUCUGUCGAAAUAGUGAGCAGAGCUUUACACAUCUGCACCCAUUAAAAAAUCCAUAGAAGCAGGAGGCUGGUCUCGUUUUCUUUACUGCAAGAGCAGAUACCUUUUUUCCCCCCCUUUAAUUUUCACCGGAUUUUUAUUAGUUUUCUAUAACAAAGUUUUAAAACAUUUUGUCAUUUUUAUACCUAAACCAAACUUAAUGAAGGAAGACUGGAUCGCAGGUGGAUAUAAUACAAAGCACAUGAUUUUAAAAGGCUAGUUACGGUGGACCAGGUCAAUGGUUUCUUUGUACAUUUUUCCAAUAGCUCAACUGAGAAAAUAAAAUAAAUGGGAAUGGAUAAGAAGAGGGGUUUUAUCCCUCUGCAAGAGCAGAUAUUAUAGAUAUUGGUGGUAUGCACAGCAGGAGAUGUGAGAUGUUUAUUCCGGUCCAUAUUGCAUUUGAAAUUUUGUUUGCACAUGAAAUGGUUUUUAAUUGUUUGUAUAUAUACUGUUGUUUUUAUAUAUGGUAUUGUUUUCCAUUGUUUCCAUUACUGAAUUAUUAUUAUUAUUUUACUGUGCAAUCUCUUCAGGAUACUUUAUAGGAAGCAAUUCGAAAAUGGAAUCAAAUAAACAAAUAAAUAAAAAUACUCUAUCCCGUUCUCAUCCCCUCUUCUUGCUAUGUGUUCAUCUGUGUUGUUGGCAGAGGGCGCCUUCAUUUAAAAAAAAAAAAACUCUAUUGCAAAACAAUUUACUUAUAACAACACAGACAAAGACAAUACCUCAAUGACAACUAAACAUCAACUAACAACACAUCAUCUAACAUCACACACACUUUUGACUUCCGAUUCACCUCAUUGUGCUUUCUACGUAUUUUUAACCUUUACGCAUUUCCUGUUAUAUCUUUUACAUAGCCAGAAAAUUUUCUACAUUUAUAGUUUCCCUUAAUAUUCAAGAUUCAAUCUAGACCUGUCAGGAGAUUUUCAUUUUCACAAUAUUGUUUUAGAUAUUCUUUACAUGUUAUGCAUUCCUUACACACUUUCUGGUUUGAGUUUCCUCUUAUUCUCCCAGUCAUUUUCUCAAGUUCCAAGUAUUCUGUCAUCUUCACCUGCCAGUCAAGAGGGCGCCUUCAUGUGCUCUUCUCAAUUCAGGCCUUGCAAGGCACUGGCCUUUGGACCUCGGAUCCACGCCUUCGAGACUGCAUGAAUCGUCUGCAAAAGGCAGCGCAGGAACCCAGCACUGGUGGGUUGCUGAACCGGAAACUUUUCCGAAGGUAGGACAUCCUUAGGUGCAGACAGGGAAGGCUAGGAAUACCUUUGCUAGGCUGACCUAGUUAGUUCCGCUGCCAUCCAGGCAAGAAGACAGUUAAGGUGGGCAGUGUUGAUUCAAUUACAAGCAAACAUCCCAAUUCCCUAGUCCUCUAAUGUCUUAUGGCAUAUUACUCAGCCGCUCCCAAUUCAACUCCCCACCUGUCUUUUCUGUCCUCAGGUGUGUGAGCAGCAACAUUGUACUGCUGACCCAGGCCUUCCGGAAGAAGUUUGUCAUCCCCGACUUCCAGGAGUUCACGUCUCAUGUGGAGCAAAUUUUUGAAAGCGCCAAAGGACUCCAGGAGGGCAAGGUAGAAAAAUCAAGUAGUGCAUGAGGGCAGAGGCUAAAUACAAGCAAAUCACAGUGCAAACCUAUAUAUACAGUGGUCGCUCGGGUUGCAAACGUGAUCCAUGUGGGAUGCACGUCCACAACCCGCAGUGUUCGCAACCCGCAGCGGCAGGUCUGUGCACGUGCGGGUUGCGAUUUGUUGCUUCUGCGCAUGCGCAAAGCGUGAUUUAGCACUUCUGUGCAUGCGUGUCCGCCGAAACCUGGAAGUAACCCGUUCCGGUGGUGUAGUGGUUAAGAGCAGUGGACUCGUAAACUGGUGAACCGGGUUCACUUCCCCGCUCCUCCACAUGCAGCUGCUGGGUGACCUUGGGCUAGUCACACUUCUCUGAAGUCUCUCAGCCCCACUCACCUCAAAGAGUGUUUGUUGUGGGGGAGGAAGGGAAAGGAGAAUGUUAGCCGCUUUGAGACUCCUUGGGGGAGUGAUAAAGUGGGAUAUAAAAUCCAAACUCUUCUUCUUCUGGGUUUCGGCUGGUCCAUAACCCCCAAAAAAUGCAACCUGAAGUGUCUGUAACCCGAGGUAUGACUGUACCUCCUUAGAAGUGAGUCACUUUGAGUUCCCUGGUAAGCAUGCAUAGCCGGCAUGGGGAGCCACUGUCCCCAAUUGUUGGCUAUUCUGUCUGGGGCUGAAGGGAUCCGCAGUCCGACAAUAUCUGGAGGGCCACAGAUUCCCCCUCUCUGGAAUAUAAGAUUGCAACCUCAAUUUCUCUAUCAUCUUCCACCUGUCAUUCUGUUGGGCGUCAAUCAGGGCUGACUUUUGAGGUCCCUUCCAACUCUGGAAUGCUAGGAUGCAAUAAAUUAUCUAUGCUGAACAGGGAGAGUUUACCCCUCCCUAACAAUAAUCACCUCCCUGAAGUUUAUAUUGACAUCCAUCAGAAAGCAUCCCUUUCCACCAAUAGAUAGUUCGGGUUCUGAAGAUAAUGGGUUUUGCUGACUGGUAAGUUAAUACCUGGAUGCAGGUGACGUUGUGGGUUAAACCACAGAGCCUAGGACUUGCCGAUCAGAAGGUCGGCGGUUCGAAUCCCCGCAACGGGGUGAGCUCCUGUUGCUCAGUCCCAGCUCCUGCCAACCUAGCAGUUCGAAAGCACGUCAAAGUACAAGUAGAUAAAUAGAUACCGCUCUGGCGAGAAGGUAAACGGCAUUUCCGUGCGCUGCUCUGGUUCGCCAGAAGCGGCUUAGUCAUGCUGGCCACAUGACCCAGAAGCUGUACGCCGGCUCCCUCGGCCAAUAAAGCGAGAUGAGCGCCGCAACCCCAGAGUCGGUCAUGACUGGACCUAAUGGUCAGGGGUCCCUUUACCUUUACCUUUAAGUUAAUAGCUACCAGAAAUUUUUCAGUGGCUGCAAGAAACAGUUCUGUAAGUUUUGAACGUAGCCACCAAAUGAGAGGAUUAAAAGUGUGCAGCUGUCAGAGAAGGAACUGUUGGAAGCUGGUGUGUGUGUGUGUGUGUGUGUGUGUGUGUGUGUGUUUAAUGGGCACUGUGACUGCUUUAAAAAGACCAGAACCCAAGGUUGAGAAUGUAUGUUACUGAAGACGUCAUAAGUUUCCCAUUUGCCAUCUUCACAAGAAAAUUCACCCUGUAAAAGUUUCUCCUUGGAAUUUCCUAGUGCUCAGGGAAAUGGGGACCGAAGAAUAACACGACCGCUUCUGGAUAUAUGCAGGGUUUUUAUCGGACAGUGUUUCCCUCUGUUGACCAAAGGCUCUUUUGACUCAGCAAAGUCUUCCACCCAGUGAAACAGGGGGAAAGAAGGCAAGUUUGGCAUAUUCACCUUCCUGUCUGGUGCCCCCAUCAUCCCCUACAGUGUGGGAAGUAGCACGGGGGGCUGCAGGUGGCUUGCCGAUCAGAAGAUCGGCGGUUCGAAUCCCCGCGAUGGAGUGAGCUCCUGUUGCUCGGUCCCUGUUCCUGCCAACCUAGCAGUUCAAAAGCACACCAAAAAGUGCAAGUAGAUAAAUAGGUACCGCUCCAGCAGGAAGGUAAACAGCGUUUCUGUGCGCUGCUCUGGUUCGCCAGAAACGGCUUAGUCAUGCUGGCCACAUGACCCGGAAGCUGUACGCCGGCUCCCUCGGCCAAUAAAGUGAGAUGAAUGCCGCAACCCCAGAGUCAGUCACAACUGGACCUAAUGGCCAGGAGUCCCUUUACCUUUACCUAGCCUACCUCUUCAGUCUACUGAUUUCCAUCAGUGGAGUGACAGCACUGGAAGCUGCCUGUGCUGUCCUCCAUUAGGUGGGCAGAUAGCUGAGAUGAGGAUAACUAUCCUUCACACACACCCAUCCCCAUUGCUUAAUUUGGGGCUGAUUUCUCAUUCCCUUUUCUAGGUGGCCAACUACAUCCCACAGCUAGCAAAGUGCAAUCCAGAGCUCUGGGGCGUGUCUCUUUGCACCGUGGAUGGUCAACGGUGAGUGAAAGGGACCUGAACCUUAAAUAUGGGAUUGAACACAAAGAGAUAGGAAACAACUCUUCUGCUGAACAUUGCUUGGUGCUGUCAGGUUUCAGGGACUUGUCUUCCUCCCCCCCCCCUUUUGACAGUAGAUAAGCAGAACAAAGAGAAAGGAGUCUCUUACCAGUUAGAGAUUUUAGUGAUCACAUCGAGAGAACAAAUAAUCCAUUUCUAGGAAUGAAGGUGCUCCCAAUUAAGGUUUCCACCCACUCCCCCCCUAGUCACCCACUUCACUACCGUCAUUUCUGCAUCUUGCAAUCUGAUCUCGCAACCAUUGUACUUUCUGAGCAGCCACCUUAUCUGCUCUCUUUGACCUUGGGCUGAGCGGAUGGAUGCUUUCCAGCAAAAGCGAGUCUGUUAACUCUCUCUCUCUCCCCCGCCCCCGGUUCUUCUUCUCCUAGCUGUUCACCACCCAGUUCUUCCCAACUUCGGUCUCCUGAACUAUGUCUCUCUGCAAACCACUGUUCCAAAUCUACUGUCCCACUGUUCCUGGGAAGAUUCAAGAUCCUGAGCAGGGGGUGGGGGAGGCUCCCACCAUUCCUCCUCAGCAGAGGUGCAUACAGUGGUACCUCGGGUUAAGUACUUAAUUCGUUCCGGAGGUCUGUUCUUAACCUGAAACUGUUCUUAACCUGAAGCACCACUUUAGCUAAUGGGGCCUCCUGCUGCUGCCGCACCGCCGGAGCAUGAUUUCUGUUCUCAUCCUGAAGCAAAGUUCUUAACCCGAGGUACUAUUUCUGGGUUAGCGGAGUCUGUAACCUGAAGCAUCUGUAACCCAAGGUACCACUGUAUUAAAGAGGCAGAGAAAGAUGGUUCCUUCUGUCGUCAGAUGUGCCUGUGGACCCCCGUAGGGUAAGGCAGGGAUGGGGAACCUUGGGAUCUGGCACCAUUUGUGGCCCUUCAGUUUUCUGUGUCUGGUCCUCACUGUAAUUCCCAUGGCAGAUCUAUUUCUGGAUGCAGACUAGGAUGCCGGAAUGUUCUGGGCUAAGCAUAGACUCGUCUGCCCCAGGACUGGCAGGGAAUUCUGGAAGGAAGAGCUACCAGUCUGUAUGUAACUGUGAGCAAGCAAAGUGCUCUAAAAUAAAUCUCUUCACCUAACAUAGUUGAAGAUCGUGUUCUGGUUUUUAAGAGCCCCAGCCUCUGAACUCGGCACCUGAACCCCUCCCAAAAUCACAUUUCUACCAACCCUGCUCCGCACCCUCCUUAAGUGUUUUUGCUUGGCUAAAAUUUGUCCUUGAACUCUGAUAACAAGUCCUGCUUACCUGGAUAGAGAACAGGGUAGAAGUUGGCCUACUGCACAAAGGUAACAUUUGCGUUCAUUACUCCUCCAACUUUUUCCUCUGGCCCCAUACAUCACUGGUGUGCGGGCCCCAGAAGUUUGCUGAGAAGGGAAUGUGGCCCUUGGUUUGAGAAAGGACCCCCACCGCUGGAGUAAGGGGUUACAGUAAUCCCAUCCGGAUCCCUGGAAAGCCACUUCCGGUCAGUACAGAUAACGCUGAACUUGUUGUUGUUUAGUUGUUUAGUCGUGUCCGACUCUUCGUGAUCCCAUGGACCAGAGCCCGCCAGGCACUCCUGUCUUCCACUGCCUCCUGCAGUUUGGUCAAACUCAUGCUGGUAGCUUCGACAACACUGUCCAACCAUCUCGUCCUCUGUCGUCCCCUUCUCCUUGUGCCCUCAAUCUUUCCCAACAUCAGGGUCCUUUCCAAGGAGUCUUCUCUUCUCAUGAGGUGGCCAAAGUAUUGGAGCCUCAGCUUCACAAUCUGUCCUUCCAGUGAGCACUCAGGGCUGAUUUCCUUCAGAAUGGAUGUGUUUGAUCUUCUUGCAGUCCAUGGGACUCUCAAGAGUCUCCUCCAGCACCAGAAUUCAAAAGCAUCAAUUCUUUGAUCAAUUCUUCUAGAACGCUGAACUAGGUGAACCCAAUAGUUGGUAGAAGGAAGAUUUCUAUGUAACUCUGGCUUCUAGCACCCUUAAUUAUUAAAAAUAAUAAUUUGGUCCCCUUGCCAUUUUAUCAUUGGUUAGCUGAAGGUGGCAGGGGUAAGGUGGCAUCUUCUGUCCUCAGUCGCCCUCUCUGUCCCUCCCAGGUAUUCCAUGGGCCACACCAAGACCCAAUUCUGCCUGCAAUCAUGUGUCAAGCCCCUUAAAUACGCCGUCGCCGUCAGUGAACUGGGCACUGACCGAGUGCACCAGUAUGUCGGCAAAGAGCCCAGCGGGCUGCGUUAUGACAAGCUUUCUCUCAACGAGGAAGGUAAGGUGGGCAGAAUUCCAAAUGACGAAGAAUGGAGGAGUGAUGGAGAGCAGCCAAUGUGUCUCUGUGUGAAAUACCAAGGUUUGGAUCCUCACUGAUCCAGCCACAAAGCUUACAAAGUCCUCUUGGGCAAGUCACUAGCCAUGCUCACGCGUAACACUAAACCAUGGUUUGGCUAUAUACAAAUGAGCUGAAGUGAACCCAAGCAAAGCUUUGGAGUUGCGUGUUUUCUUCCCUCUUCCCAUAUUCUUCAACAUUUCUCUGAUGAAAACAGGGACUGUUUUCCCUGCGGAGACUUUGAGUCUCUGCAAUGGGUUUUCAUGGAGCGAGACCACCAGGAACGAGCCAGGUCUGUGCAGAUUUUGUUUUUGCUAAUAAAGAGUUAACUGUUGUUGUUGUUUUCUAAUAAAGAGUUAACGCCACUUGCUUCGUGUGAUCUACUGCUAGCUCGCUCCCAGCACUAUAGCAUGGGAACAUGAACAUGCAAGAUUGUUACCAUCAGUCAUUCCAGAACACUCUGUGUGUGUGUCCCUGUGUCAGACAAACCCCCCAUAAUUUGGGGCCAAGCUGAGGCAUAAUAAGAGGCAAUGUUCCAUGGUCAUGUUCCACAAUGAUCACUGAUGCCAGCUGUAUAUAUUUAUAUACAGUCAAACCUUGGUUCCCAACGCCUCCAUUCUGGAACAUUUCGGCUCCUGAAUGUCGAAAACCUGGAAGUGAGUGUUCCAGUUUUCGAACGUUUUUCAGAAGCUGAACAUCUGACACAGCUUCUGCUUGAGUGCAGGAAGCUCCUGCAGCCAAUCGGAAGCUGCACCUCGGUUGUCGAAUAUUUUGGAAGCCGAACGGGCUUCCGGAGUGGAUUACAUUCGACAACCAAGGUUUGAUUGUAUUUAUAUUUAAUUUUCUUACACUGACAUCCAAUCUGUACAUGUAACUCCCUGGUGGUUCGCCAUCCAGGCACUGACCAGUCUCGGAUCUGCUGAAUAAUAAUAAUAAUAAUUUAUUAUUUAUACCCUGCCCAGCUGGCUGGGUUUUCCCAGCUACUCUGGGUGGCUUAGCUUCAGUAAGAUGUUGUACCAUCUUCAUGCUACACCCUUGGUACAUAACUGGAUAGGCAAACAAUGUUAUGUUCUUGGGCUGGCUGUAGGUUUUGUCUUGAUGGACUUAAGCAAGUUUGAAUAACCCUGCAUUUUUCUUUUUGCGUCCAGGCAUCCCCCACAACCCUAUGGUGAAUGCAGGGGCCAUUGUCAUCAGCUCUCUCAUCAGGGUAAGGCAUCUGUAGCCACAGUUCCAGAGGUGGGCUUGGGUUGCCCUGCACUCGAUAGUACAAAAAGAAGAGGGCACAUCACAUUAAGGGGGUAGAAUGAGCACACCUAUGGAACAACCAAACCCUGUCCUGAAGAAUACGAACUGGAAAGGAAAGUGGUCCAUGCCUUGAGAACCACUUUUGUCCUUGGAAGUUCUCAAGUCAUGGACAAAACUUAACAGGAAUAACUGCAUGAGGAUCGCCUUUGUUGCCACCCAACAGCAAGCAGAAUCGCAGAACCAUAGAAUAAUGAAGUUCACAGCUCAGGAUUGUAGUGAACUAGCAGCUUUGUGCCUGGUGUCGCUUGGAUCUUCUAAGAAGCCAAAAAUUUGGUGCAGUUUUGAAAUCGGUGGUUUAAAUCAGUGCAGUUAUUGAAAGGUUCAGUCGGACAUCUUGUUUCAAAAUGGCACCCAGAUUGUAUCCAAACAUAAGACCAAAACCUGCUGCUUGGUCUCAGGAACGAUUGUGCAAAAUUUGAUUACAAUAUUUUAAGAGGUGUUCAAAUGCAGAGUGAACCGACAAGCAUUUUUUUUAAACUAUAGAUUAUGCUGGUGUACCUCAGUCAAGUUAGUGGUUGUCGUUAACAAUGGGCUGUAACUUAGAAUGGCGCUGAGUACCAAUUGUGGCCUUUCUUCCUUGGUAAAGUGUAAACCUCACAGCUUUACCUGAGGUCUGGACUACAGCAGUUGUGGAAGGAUUCCCAGGUUAGGUGACUGACCCAUGGCAUCAAGAUCUGAAUCCAGAUUAUUGCCCCUAAUUUGGGGUCUCUGUGGUUGACCUGUAUCUCUAAGAUACACAAAAUCAUAGCCAAUGUUAGCAGAGGCGUAGCGUGGGGGGUGCUGUGACAUACUCUCUGCCGCUGAAUUUUAGUCCUACUCAGAGUAGAUCCUUUGAAAUUAAUGGAAAUGACUAACUUAGGUCUAUUAAUUUCACUGAGUCUACUCUGGGCAGGACUUCGCUGAAUGCAACUCAAAAGUUUUUCAGAGCUCAACUGACUCCUUUUCUUGUUUUCUUUUAGAUGGGCUGUAAGAAAGCUGAGAAGUUUGACUACGUGAGUGUGGCCUUUGCCACUUAUUUCAAAUCUCCAUUUUACAGUUUCUCAAGGCCCAGGUUUCUCAGGAUGGCGGAAACCUAUUCACUGGAUAGUCAAAGUCAUUUCUUUUGCAAAACAAUCCUGAGUUCUGAUUUGGUCUGGGAUUCCAGAAUCCCUUGGAAGCUAGUGCUAGAGGGUGAGGAACUUGCAGGGCCCACAGAGAUGUACUUUCAAAUGUUGUUUUUCCUCAGCUAAAUUGCAGAACGACAGCAAUAUUUCUGAAAGGUCCAGUUGGAGUUUGACCUGAGGCAGCUCUAAAUGACCUCGGCCCAGUAUACCUGAAGGAGCGUCUCCACCCCCAUCGGUCCAGCUCCGAGGGCCUUCUGCCGGUUCCCUCACUGUGAAAAGUGAAGUUACAGGGAACCAGGCAGAGGGCCUUCUCAGUAGUGGCGCCCUCCCUGUGGAACGCCCUCCCAUCAGAUGUCAAGGAAAUAAACAACUAUCUGACUUUUAGAAGACAUCUGAAGGCAGCCCUGUUUAGGGAAGUUUUGAAUGUUUGAUGUAUUUAUUGUGGUUUUUUAUACAGUGGUACCUCUGGAUGCAAACAGGAUCCGUUCCGGAGCCCUGUUCGCAUCCUGAAGCAAACGUAACAUGCGACUGCACAUGCACGGGUUGUGUUUUGCCGCUUCUGUGCAUGCGCAUGAUGUCGUUUUGAGCGUCUGCGCAUGCGCGAGCGGCGAAACCCGGAAGUAACGCGUCCCGUGGAGCACAACCCAAAAAUGCUUAACCUGAAGCAUAUUCAACCCGAGGUAUGACUGUAUUCUAUUGGGAGCUGCCCAGAGUGGCCGGAUGGGCGGGGUAUAAAUAAUUUCUUAUUAUUAUUAUUAUCAAUGGCAACCCUCUGUCCAUCUUUUGCCAUGGGUAAAUUCCCUGUCUACAAGCUAAUACAUGUAGACUAUCAUCACCGUUGUCUAUUAUUACUGCUGCUGCUACUCAGUUAAUUCAAUACUUCUCUUCAAUUAAUAAAUAAAAUGAUUAAAUAAUAAUACUACUAAUGGGUGCCUAUUCGUAUAUUAAGUAAUACUAGUAUAUUGUGUAACAUAAAAUGGACACUGAGGGGAAAGAACUGUUCACCAACUGACAAUUUCAAUAAGCAGGAAAAGGAAAGGAAGCUAAAGAGAGAUGGGGGCGGUGGUCUGAAUCACAAACAUAUCUGGAAGACCUUCUUGCUUUGAUUCUAGGUGUUGGAUUAUUUGAAGAAGAUGGCCGGAAACGAGUAUGUGGGAUUCAGCAAUACCACGUAAGGCCAGCAGGAGGGGCAACGGCAUCCUGCGUUGCUUUUGCAAGAGAUGCUAAUAACGCUUGUUUUGCUAGUACAGUGGUACCUCUGGUUACAUACUUAAUUCGUUCUGGAGGUCCGUUCUUAACCUGAAACUGUUCUUAACCUGAAGCACCACUUUAGCUAAUAGGGCCUCCCGCUGCCGCCGCGCGAUUUCUGUUCUCAUCCUGAGGUAAAGUUCUUAACCUGAAGCACUAUUUCUGUAACCUGAAGCGUAUGUAACCCGAGGUACCACUGUACCGGGGUUUUUUUGGUUUUUUUAAUUUAAAAAGUGUGGAUGUGAUUGAAAUUGGCAUGUAGGGCAGGGAACUCUCCUUUUUAUGUAAAUGAUAAUUCUUGAAGGGUGGGCACCUAGCAUCUGGAGAGAGAAAUCAAGGAGUGUGUGUGUGUGUCUUAAUAGGUUUCAGUCGGAGAAAGAAACAGGAGACCGGAACUAUGCUAUUGGGUAUUAUCUUAAAGACAAAAAGGUAAGGAGGAGGAGGAGGGAGUUCUGUUUAUUUUUUGAUUGGUUGCUUGUAUUUCGUUAAAAUUCCAUACAAGACUUAGAACCAGAAAAUGGGGUAAAAGGUAAAGGGACCCCUGACCAUUAGGUCCAGUUGUGGCCGACUCUGGGGUUGCGGCACUCAUCUUGCUUUAUUGGCUGAGGGAGCCGGCGUACAGCUUCCGGGUCAUGUGGCCAGCAUGACUAAGCCGCUUCUGGCGAACCAGAGCAGUGCAUGGAAAUGCCGUUUACCUUCCCGCCGGAGCGGUACCUAUUUAUCUACUUGCACUUUGACGUGAUUUCAAACUGCUAGGUUGGCAGGAGCAGGGACUGAGCAACAAGCAACGGGAGCUUACCCCGUCACGGGGAUUCGAACCGCCAACCUUCUGAUCGGCAAGUCCUAGGGUCUGUGGUUUAACCCACAGCGCCACCCGUGUCCCCUAGAAAAUGGGAUAAAGGCAGGGAAAGAUUGUUCCAGCAGAUGAGGGACCCGUCUUGGGUUGCUGGAUGAUGUUGAGAGAGGGUGCCUUGGUCCAUCCUUGCCAGUGUCUGAUGUUGUCGUAUUCAUUUUCUUCCCUGUGCCACAGUGCUUUCCACAGGGAGCGGACAUGACGGCAGCUCUCGACUUAUACUUCCAGGUGAGUUGGCUUUCUGGACUCCCUCCUCAGCUGGGAAUUUGGGUUCCUCCUGAGUUAUUUUCCAAGUUCAGAGGAUUGAGGCUGAAAGUGUAAUCCGUGAGAGGGAUGAGUAAGCAAGAUCUUUCCGCUGGGUGUGGCAGUACUGCAGCUGAACCCAGAACUGCAGUUUUUUUGUGGAUGCCUGGAUUUAUCAAAUACACUAUGUAACCUGCAUCUCAAUGGAAAAUAACCAUCUGUUUAAAAACAUACUAAGAAUAGAUUAUUUAGCUAUUCUUAAUAGCUAACAGAGAUAACAGGGUCACUGUUUUGAGAAGGCGGGGUGGGGGCUGUUUCCAAUGCAGUGCUUUAUAACACAGGUUAAAACGCACAGCUUUUUUGCCAUUUAAUCUUGAAUAUAUCCAGGAUUAGGCCUUCACUAGAGUGGAAAUAGUGAGACACUUGAAGACUUCCACAGGUUAUACAGGCUAAAGUUCUUUCCAGUGUGUCUGGCACAUAGCUUUGGCAGAGAAACUGAUCUAACAAAGCAAGAUUUAUGCAUUGUAGCACAGUAUCCAUUUAUUGCACACAUUAAUAAGUCCACAUCUGGGUAAUACAUGCUCAUUCUUUCUGGAACAAAACUCUUACCACUGACAGUCACAAUCUGCUAUUCAUUUAUCUCACAGUCUGCUCAUUUUCUUAUGUGCGAAAUUAUCUUGUAUUCCUGUACUGUAUCUAGUUCCCCUGGCCUAUGUUAGUUGUUAUUGGCUUGUUAUAACUAACCAUUGCCUACUGCAUUUUAAUGAAAGUUCAAGAAACACACACACAAACAUACACACACACACACACACACAGUGGUACCUCAGGUUAUAUACGCUUUAGGUUAUGUACGCUUCAGGUUACAGACUCUGCUAACCCAGAAAUAGUGCUUCAGGUUAAGAACUUUGCUUCAGGAUGAGAACAGAAAUCGUGCUCCGGCGGCGCUGUGGCAGCAGGAGGCCCCACUAGCUAAAGUGGUGCUUCAGGUUAAGAACAGUUUCAGGUUAAGUACGGACAUCCGGAAUGAAUUAAGUACUUAACCUGAGGUACCACUGUGUGUGUGUGUGUGUGUGUGUGUGUGUGUAUAUAUUUCCAGGAGUAGGCCUUGAACCUCAAUGUGAAUUUUGUCUCUCCAGCUGAAAUCUGAAAUGGCACUCCAGUCUUUACAGAUAAAACAUGUUUUUCAAAAAUCACAAUAACCUGCCCACCCCCCAAUAACUUCAGUUAUGAAAAGCCAACCUCAAUAAGACAUAUUUUCCCCAAACACCUGAACAACUGGUUCUAGAAAAGCACAGACAAAUUCAGGUGCAGAUUCUGCAACACACACACACAGAUUCCCACGCCAUGGUUAGUCUGCUCCUUAAGCGGGUUGAGGAACCUGGUUUGAAAUUUCCAUAGAAUUAUAUUGAUUUGAAUCCUUAGUGUCCAACUCUGUUCCAAAGAGGGCAUUCUUAGAAAUUCAAUUCUAGGUUUUCUUCUAGGCUGGUGAUUCAUGACGGAACCAAAAGUUCAGUCCAGUUUUGCUUCCUUUCCUAGAAGCAAUCUGUACACUGCUCAAAAUCAGGCAGAUUCUAGUUGAUUUGGGGAUCAGUGCUAAGGUUAUUUUAGAACUUAUGCAAACAUAAGGGUGGGGUGAGGGAAUAGAUAGUAAAGCCCAUCUUGGACUAGACUGCUUCAAAGUGCAGCUGAGGAGAGAGACUUUCCAUGUUUGAAUUGCAAUCCAUGUAAAAAACCUGUUGUACCUAGAAUGUCAGUGAAAAGGGAUUUCUUCCACAUAGGCUACUUUCUCACAUGAAGGGAGAUUUUGACGUGAGGAGUAUUCAAAUGCAUAAUCUCCCACCUGUAGUCUUUUAACUGGAAAGACGGCAUAUUUUUCUCUGUGUGUUAAACAGAGAGUUGUGCCCUUCAAUGUCAUGUCUCAGCAGAGUCCAGGGUCCAUUUCUGGGACUUAUUUAUAGCUCCAGACCAGUGGUGUCAAAACUUUUUUCAAAGAGGGCCAGAUUUGAUGAAGUGAAGGGCCGUGAGGGCCACCCAAAUGGCUGGCCAGAGUUGUUAACCCUUUUUUUUAGGAUUUUACCCCAGGAAAUAAACUGCCACAGGGGCUGGAUUAAACCAACCAACGGGCCGGAUUAGGCCCCCGAAACGGACUUUGCCUGCUCUAAACCAUGGGUAGGCAAACUAAGGCCCAGGGAGUGGAUCUGGCCCAGUCGCCUUCUAAAUCCGGCCUGCAGAUGGUCCAGGAAUCAGCGUGUUUUUACAUGAGUAGAAUGUGUCCUUUUAUUUAAAAUGCAUCUCUGGGUUAUUUGUGGGGCAUAGGAAUUACAGUGGUACCUCUGGAUAUGAACAGGAUCCGUUCCAGAGCCCUGUUCGCAUCCAGAAGCAAACGCAACCUGCAUCAGUGGGUCACGAUUCGCCGCUUCCACACAUGCGCGCGACGUCAUUUUGAUUGUGCAUGCGCAAGCCGCAAAACCCGGAGUUAACGCGUUCCGUUACUUCUGGGUUCCCGCAGAGCGCAACCCGAAAGCGCUCAACCUGAAACACAUUUAACCCGAGGUAUGACUGUAGUUCUUUUUUUCUUUUUCUUUCAAAAUAUAGUCCAGCCCCCCACAAGGUCUGAGGGACAGUGGACCGGCCCCCUGCUGAAAAAGUUUGCUGACCCCUGCUCUAGACACUGGAACCUAUUAUGAUCCUCAUACCUUUGAAUAUUGCUUCUUUGUUAAUUAUACAAUAAUGACUUUUCCUCCCGUUCCUCCCCCCAACCCUUUCCCUCCACCCUGCAAAGCUGUGCUCUGUGGAAGUAACUUGCGAAUCCGGCAGUGUCAUGGCGGCCACAUUGGCCAAUGGUGGCAUCUGCCCCAUCACAGGCGAGUGUGUGUUGAGCGAUGAAGCUGUCCGCAACACCCUCAGCCUCAUGCACUCGUGUGGCAUGUAUGACUUCUCUGGGGAGUUCGCCUUCCAUGUAAGUGUCUGCAGUAUCUUUUGGUGGGCUGCAAAUGGGAGACAACUAUGUGUGCUUCAGCAGUGUGUGUGUGUGUGUGUGUGUGUGUGUGUGUGUUGGUGAUAAUGAUGAUUUAUUGAAUUUAUAUACCACUCAAUACCCGGGGGUGUCAGGUAGGGGCAUAUGAAGGGGUGGCAGAGGGGGCAGGCUUCUGAAUUCCAGUUGCCGGAAACUGCAAGAUGGUUGUGUUCAGGUGCACUUGUGUGCACUUCUAAUAGGCAUCUGAUUGGCCACUGUGGGAAAAGGAUCAUAGCUGUCAACCGUCCCUUAUUUGGCGGGAAAGUCCCUUAUCCCAGCGCUGUGUCCUGCUGCUGUCCCUUAUUGAUGAUGUCCCUUAAAUUUCCCUGGUUUCAAAGGAAGCAGCUCCUCUCCCUCCCUCCCUCCCUGCCAGCCAGGGAGGAGGGAGGCUCCAACUGUGUUGCUUGGCUGCGUUGCUCACCCAAUAAGGAGUCUAAGAACGACUGGGGGGUGGAGCUUGCAUGCCUUGUGCCGAUCAAAUCGGCCGUGUUGCCUAGGGACUCGCCUUUGCUCAGCGCUUCCCAGCGGAGAGGUGACGGUGGUUUCCCUUGCUGCAUCCCCUUUGCCGGGUUGCUGCGCUGUGGGAACCACCGCUUGAGGCUUCGUUUGGCUGCUGGCUGGGCUUUCUGCCUUUGGCUCAGAGGGGCUCAGAAGUUGAACAUACCUGUGUUCGGAAAAUCCCUUAUUUUGGCUGCCGGUCCCUUAUUUCGAGGCUGCUGGUCCCUUAUUUUCAAAUCCUUAAGUUGACAGCUAUGAAAAGGAUGUUGGCCUAGAAGGCCCACUGGCCUGAUCCAUAAGAAUAUGCUCUUACAAAACAUGAGGAAGAAUUCUGUGCCACUCAAAAGCAAGCUCGUUCCUUGCCCUUCAUCUAAUUUCCCUCCCGCUUUUGCUUCCUCAUUUUCAGGUUGGUCUACCCGCCAAAUCUGCCGUCUCUGGCGCCAUCUUGCUGGUGGUGCCCAACGUCAUGGGUGUGAUGUGUCUGUCGCCCCCUCUGGAUAAAGUUGGCAACAGCACGAGGGGGAUUGGGUUUUGCCAGGUGAGUUGCCCCACGGCCAUAACCGGUAGAAUGAGUUCUGAUAAAGCCGUCAGUGAGAACCACCUGGUUGAAUUGGGAGGGAUGGCUCCAUGCAAGUCCCUCUUCCAACUUCCAUUCCAGUGGUGUGUGAUGAAUUUUUUUGCAGGGGAACAGUUAGAGCCAGAGGCACCAGCUUGCAAGGGUGAUUGGGGCAGGGAUGUUGUGUGUGAGAACUGCACCUCCCUCCCAUGCCAGGCAGAAGCUUCCAAGACUUUGGGAAGGAGGCGCCAGGUUAACAUUUAGGGGACUAGCCUAGUCCCCCUAGUCCAUGGGUAGGCAAACUAAGGCCCAGGGGCCGGAUCCGGUCCAAUCACCUUCUAAAUCUGGCCCGCAGAUGGUCCAGGAAUCAGCGUGUUUUUACAUGAGUAGAAUGUGUGCUUUUAUUUAAAAUGCAUCUCUGGGUUAUUUGUGGGGCCUGUCUUGUGUUUUUACAGGAGUAGAAUGUGUCCUUUUAUUUCAAAUGCACCUCGGGGUUAUUUGUGGGGCAUAGUAAUUCGUUCAUUAUUUUUUUCCAAAAUAUAGUCUGGCCCCCCACAAGGUCUGAAGGACAGUCGACCGGCCCCCUGGACCAGCCCCCUGCUGAAAAAAUUUGCUGACCCCUGCCUAGUCCAAUGACCACAUGCCACUUCUCCAUUCUGAAGGACAGCAUUUGCUGACUUGGUGCCUUCCAGAUGUUUUGGGCUACAGUUCCCUUCAACCUAAGCUGGCUUGGGCUGAUGGGAGUUGCAGUUACAUGUCAGGGCACCAGAUGGAUGAAAAGCUGUUUUAGGAGUAAAAUGAAUAUAACAGCUAAACUCCAUCCACACUGAAUGAAGUCAGUAUGCUUCUGAAUAUCGUUUGAUAUUCUGGAGGGAAGAGGGCCGUUGAGCUUUGGUCCUGGUUGCAUGCUUCCCGUAGUAAUCUUGCUGGCUACUGUGAGAGCAGGAGUAGAUGACCCAUUGACCGGAUCCAGCAUCACUCUUCUUCUGUUCUUAAAGGAAGCAAAUGGAGGCACAGGUUACAGCAACAGCCAAAGCGAUAUUUUUCCAUCUUCGCCAUAUCAAGCAGUUGGUCCCUUACCUUUCCCUCCCCGACCUGGCCACAGUGAUGCAUGCGACGGGCACCUCCAGGCUUGACUACUGUAACUCCCUCUAAGCAGGGCUGCCCUUGAAGCUGUCCCAGAAACUCCAGCGGGUGCAGAAUUCUGCAGCGAGGCUCCUCACGGGGUCCCUGCCAUGGGAGCAUAUUCACCCAGUGCUUUUCCAGCUGCACUGGCUCCCGGUGGAGUACAGGGUCAGAUUUAAGGUGCUGGUUUUGACCUUUAAAGCCCUUCACGGCCUAGGACCCUCGUACUUACGGGACCACCUCUCCCAGUACGCCCCACAGAGGACCUUAAGGUCCAUAAAUAACAACACCCUAGAGGUCCCGGGCCCUAAGGAAGUCAGAUUAGCUUCAACCAGAACGCUCUGUCUCAUGAGACCAGGGCCCUGCAGGAUCUGAUUGCUUUCUGCAGGGCCUGUAAGACAGAGUUGUUCUGCCUGGCCUUUGGUUUGGAAUCAACUUGAUCCCCUCCCCCUCUUUCCUUUUUCCUUUCUCCUUCUGUGAUGGAACUCUUAUUUGGGGACUUCCCUGGCUUUUUUCUGGCCCACGUAGGACCAGUCUGGAUAGUUGGUCUUGGUGAAGAUUUGACGUUUUCAUCCCCAAAAAGUUUUUGAUUUGAGUUUCUACUGAAAUGAGGCUGCAUUUUAAUGUUGUGCUUAAUCUUGUUUUUAAGUUGUAUUUUAAUCAAUUGUUUUUACCUGGUGUUAGCUGCCCUGAGCCCGGUCUUGGCUGGGGAGGGCGGGGUAUAAAUAAAAUUAUUAUUAUUAUUAUUUAUUAUUAUUAAUGCAUUUGUAUAAUCUAUAAAGAUCUAGAAGUUGCCUGAUUUUUUUUUCUGGUGCAGACUUUGGAUUUUAUUUCAAACCUUCCAAGUUUGGGUUUCCCAAACUUGGAUCUCCUACUGUUUUUGGACUACAGUUCCCACUAUCCCUGACCACUGGUUCUGCUAGCUAGGGAUGAUGAGAAUUGUAGUCCAAAAACAGUGGGAGACCCAAGUUUGACAAACACUGGUUUAACCCUUUGAAGGUUUUGUGGUGAAAUAUUCUGCUUGUGACUUCACACUUCGGUUCCCACUUCUGACCACUUUCCCCUGUGCUUUGCAUGCUCCUUGCUACCUUUUGACUCCUCUUUCUGCAGGAUCUGGUCUCACUCUUCAACUUCCACAACUACGACAACUUGCUGCACUGCACCCGCAAGAUGGACCCACGCCGUGAAGGAAUCGAAGUUAGAGUAAUGACGGAAACGGUUGUCUGAAAGAUAAUGACAGAUUUUAGUGGAAGAGUGCAGAAGUGAAGUUUGGGAUGGGAUGAUUAAUAUAUAUAUAUAUAAAUUGCACCAAUGACCCCUCAGCAUAUUAUGAUAAUAAGCUCUGGAUUCUAUGCUGUUGGGUGCUUUGACGAUAAAAACUUUUUGCUUGUCAGGCUGGCAACGACUGGACAAGUAUUAUUUACAAACUCCUCCAGAUAGCUUCUGUGAUAAGUCCCCACACCUCUCACCUUCUCAGUCAAGAAAUAACUCGCAGAAAUAUCCAAGCAGUUCCCAACCGCCACCUCCUUUCCCCAAUACCAUCAAUUAUCUGAAAUAUAUUCCCAAUUAAAUUACAUUACAAAUACUAACAUUUUUUGCUUUAGUUACAGGUAGGUAGCCGUGUUGGUCUGCCGUAGUUGAAACAAAAUAAACAAAUUCCUUCCAGUAGCACCUUAGAGACCAACAAAGUUUGUUAUUGGUAUGAGCGUGCACACAAAAGCUCAUACCAAUAACAAACUUCGUUGGUCUCUAAGAUGCUAUGGGAAGAAUUUUUUAUAUUUUUUGCUUUAAUCAACAUGCGUACGUUGGGAGGGUUGAACACCUCCAAAAUGAGGAGGACUAGAAAUAAUAAUAAUAAUAAUAAUAAUUUAUUAUUUAUACCCCGCCCAUCUGGCUGGGCUUCCCCAGCCACUCUGGGCGGCUUCCAAAAAAAUAUAUUAAAGCACUGCAAUACAUCAAACAUUAAAAGCUUCCCUACACAGGGCUGCCUUCAGAUGUCUUCUAAAAGUCUGGUAGUUGUUGUUCUCUUUGACAUCUGGUGGGAGGGCAUUCCACAGGGAGGGCACCACUACCGAGAAGGCCCUCUGCCUGGUUCCCUGUAACUGCUUCUCGCAGUGAGGGAACUGCCAGAAGGCCCUCGGAAGUGGACCUCAGUGUCUGGGUAGAAUGAUGGGGGUGGAGACCCUCCUUCAGAUAUACUGGACCGAGGCCGUAUACCGGACAUAACAUUUUGAGUACUGUGUGGGUGAAGUCACAGAAUACGAAUAGUCCCAGCUGUAGCACAUUCCAUAAAGUUCAGAACUUUAUAAUAGCUUCAAAAUAGGAUUAGGCAAAUUCGUGGAGGAUAAGUCUAUUGGUGGCUGCUAGCCACACGAGCUACACAUUGCCAUCAGUUACUGGGAAUCACAGUUGGGGAGAGUGCUGUUGUGCCUGGGUUGCAGGCUUCCCAUGGGUAUCUCAUUGACCAUAGUGAGAACGAGCCUUUGGCUUGAUCCAGUAAGACUUUUCUUACAUUCUUAACACCUCGCUCCAUCUCUUUCAGAACAAGACAGUGGUGAACCUGCUGUUUGCUGCCUACAGUGGCGACGUCUCUGCUCUUCGGAGGUAUGGGCCAGCCAGACUAGGGGAAAGACAGUGCUGGGGAGAGAUUUCUUGAACUGCCUUUCGAUAUACGGUACAAUAUCUUUAUUGCCAUUGUCCUAUACAGAACAAUGAAAUUGAAAAAGCUACAUAAGACAUUCAAAAACCCCUAAAAACUCUGAAACCCCAUUUAAAACUACAAUAUACUCCUAUAGAGGGACGCGGGUGGCGCUGUGGGUUAAACCACAGAGCCUAGGACUUGCCGAUCAGAAGGUCGGCGGUUCGAAUCCCCGUGACGGGGUGAGCUCCUGUUGCUCGGUCCCUGUUCCUGCCAACCUAGCAGUUCGAAAGCACGCCAAAGUGCAAGUAGAUAAAUAGGUACCGCUCCGGUGGGAACGUAAACGGCGUUUCCGUGCGCAGCUCUGGUUUGCCAGAAGCGGCUUAGUCAUGCUGGCCACAUGACCCAGAAGCUGUAUGCCAGCUCCCUCGGCCAAUAAAGUGAGAUGAGCGCCGCAACCCCAGAGUCGGCCACAACUGGACCUGAUGGUCAGGGGUCUCCUUAUACUGUGUUUAAAACCAGAAUUGCAUUUGGGUAGAAACUGUUUCUCAGGCGGCUAGUCCUAGUCUUUAUUCUUCCAGAAGGCAGAAACUGAAAGAGAUAAUUUCAGGGGUGCGCACUAUCCUGCGCUAUCUCUGCAGGUUUCUUAUGGCACCUGGCAGCAUAGAUUUGAUCAAAGGUGGGAAGAGUGCACCCAAUUAUUCUCUCUGCAGUCUUUACAACCCUGGAACCCUGGGAUGGGGAACUUGUAGCCUUCCAGAUGUAGCUGGACUACAAUACCCAUCAGCUCCAGCCAGAAUGGACAGUGGCCUCAAGAAUGAUGGGAAUUGUAGUCCAAUAACACGUGGAGGGCCAUAGGUGCCCCAUCCUUGAUCAAGUUCAGUGUUUCCCAAACUUGGGUCUCCAGCUGUUUUUGGACUCCAAAAAACAGUUGGAUCUAAUUUAUCUGACUAUAGUUUAAGUUGCUCUAUGUGGUAGUCCUCCUCAGAGUAGGCCCAUUGAAAUUAAGAUACAUGACUAACAGCCUGUUAAUUUCAAUGGGUCUGUGAGCAGAACUAGCAUUGGAAAUAACACUGACUCUCUUCUUGGCUUCCCUCUAGAUUUGCCCUGUCAGCCAUGGACAUGGAACAGAAAGACUACGACUCCCGCACAGCUCUUCAUGUAGCUGCAGCUGAAGGUAGCAUGCUGGGGCCACAAAAGUUUCAUGAGUCUAGGGCCAUGUUUGCACCUUGCAGGCUUGCACAGCCCCAACGCACCUCAGGCCUUCAGUCAUGCACUUCUCUGGUGUCCUUCUGCCCAGUGUUUUUGCACCUGGCUAUGGACCACUUAAGGUCGGCGGUUCGAAUCCCCGUGACAGGGUGAGCUCCCGUUGCUCGGUCCCAGCUCCUGCCAACCUAGCAGUUCGAAAGCAUGUCAAAGUGCAAGUAGAUAAAUAGGUACCACUCCGGCGGGAAGGAAAACGGCAUUUCCGUGCACUGCUCUGGUUUGCCAGAAGUGGCUUAGUCAUGCUGGCCACAUGACCCGGAGGCUGUAUGCCAGCUCCCUCGGCCAAUAAAGCGAGAUGAGCGCUGCAACCCCAGAUUCGGUCACGACUGGACCUAAUGGUCAGGGGUCCCUUUGCCUUUACCUAUGGACCACUUAAUUACCAAGUGAAGAUGCCUGGCUGCCAGGAUGGUACCUGACAUCUCCACCAUCUGAGGAUCAUUGGAUAUGGACUGUUCCCAUACACCAGGCAUGGCCAAACUUGGCCCUCCAGAUGUUUUGGAACUACAAUUCCCAUCAUCCCUAGCUAACAGGACCAGUGGUCAGGGACGAUGGGAAUUGUAGUCCCAAAACAUCUGGAGAGCCAAGUUUGGCCAUGCCUGCCAUACAUCAAUGCCCCACCCUGUUGAAUUCUAUCAGUUAUAUUUUAUCUGCACAAGCAGAAUAAAUUUCUGGAUCCCAAAUGCUUUUCCUGUGCAGCCUGAGCAGGAGCAGUCACAAUUAAGAAAAAGAGGUCGGAAUGUUGUUGUUUAGUCGUUUAAUCGUGUCCGACUUUUCGUGACCCCAUGGACCACAGCACGCCAAGCACUCCUGUCUUCCACUGCCUCCCGCAGUUUGGUCAGACUCAUGCUGGUAGCUUCAAGAACACUGUCCAACCAUCUUGUCCUCUGUCGUCCCCUUCUCCUUGUGCCCUCAAUCUUUCCCAACAUCAGGGUCUUUUCCAGGGAGUAUUCUCUUCUCAUGAGGUGGCCAAAGUAUUGGAGCCUCAGCUUCACGAUCUGUCCUUCCAGUGAGCACUCAGGGCUGAUUUCCUUCAGAAUGGAGAGGUUUGAUCUUCUUGCAGUCCAUGGGACUCUCAAGAGUCUCCUCCAGCACUGAUAAUCAUAGUCAGUCCAUCAUUUGAAAAACAAGACUUUAGAGCUAUAUUAUGCAAAAAUAGCAACUAGUCAUUCCAUUUUGGCAACUGCAACCUUGGUUUAAGGAGCCAUUUUGCACCCAGCUUAUAUAUCUGAGUUUCUAACGCUGCUUCUGCCCUAAAAGUGGAGCCUAGUGUGGUAGCAGCACUAUGGGGUCAAUGGUGCAUUGCUUCAAUACAAUGCGACACACCGUUUCUGUUAAGUGCACUCACCAUGUUCUUUGAGAUUUGUUGUUGUUUUGUCAUUUAGUCGUGUCCGACUCUUCGUGACCCCAUGGACCAGAGCACGCCAGGCACGCCUGUCUUCCACUGCCUCCCGCAGCUUGGUCAAACUCAUGCUGGUAGCUUCAAGAACACUAUCCAACCAUCUCGUCCUCGGUCAUCCCCUUCUCCUUGUGCCCUCCAUCUUUCCCAGCAUCAGGGUCUUUUCCAGGGAGUCUUCUCUUCUCAUGAGGUGGCCAAAGUACUGGAGCCUCAGUUUCAGGAUCUGCCCUUCCAGUGAGCACUCAGGGCUGAUUUCCUUAAGAAUGGAUACGUUUGAUCUUCUUGCAGUCCAUGGGACUCUCAAGAGUCUCCUUCAGCACCAGAAUUCAAAAGCAUCAAUUAUUCGGCUAUCAGCCUUCUUUAUGGUCCAGCUCUCACUUCCAUACAUCACUACUGGGAAAACCAUAGAGGAACAUAAUAAGAAUCAAAGGCUAUCAAAGAUACUGAACCAGGGACAUAAGUGGGGAAGAGGAUUUAGGUGCAAGGAUAGUGAAAAUGGCUGGCGAAAGAUAGAAGGCAUCGGCUGGGAACUGGAGGUACCUGACGAGAACAAAAUAAAGCUAUGUAUUGAUGCUGAAGAGGUUUCCAUUAGAGAUGGAAAUGUAAGGUACCAAACCACAGGUGGAUAACCUGUACCCACCAUUCCAAGAUCUUGUUGGACUCCAACUCCCAUCAGCCCCAGGAUGGUGGGAGUUGGAGUCCAGCAGUGUAUGUAGGUUUCUCUCCCCUGCUCUAAACUUUUACAUGUCUCCACAAACUCUAUGCAACCUUAGGGAUAAAAGAUGCAGGAAUCUCUGUCUCUCCCCCCCCCCCUUACAUUCCCAGCUAAUCAAUUUUCUGUGUUUUAAGACAAAAGUUAAUUUCAAAUAUUUUGACUAAGCAGGACUAUACAAAGUAAUGCUUGUUUUACACUGGGACUGGAAAAAGUCCCAGGCUUUAAUGUAGGUUAACGAGUAUUUUUAAGGCUCUGUCUUAAUGAGAGGUUAGCAGAGUGUCACAGCUCAUACACAAGGAACUCUGGUUUUGUAGCAAGAAAGGGACCUCAGAUUAAACUAUCACUGUGCUCUCUGCAAGCUAUAGGGGUUUGGGGGGCAGACCAGGGGGCAUUUAGUAAGAAAUAAACCUCUUUCAAGGCAGCUUAGGUUUACAGUUUCGCUGUGUCCAUCUAUUGCUAUGAGUAAGCUACUUGCUCUGUAAUAACCUUCAUGCAAUCCACCAACUCUCUGCUUAAAUAACUUUGUGACUUGUUGGGGGUGGGGGUGGGCCAAGAGGUUGAAACUUAAAAUUCUGUUAUUCCUCCCCCCUGCCCAGGUCACCUGGAGGUUGUGAAGUUUCUGGUGGAAGCCUGCAGAGUAAAUCCUUUUGUCAAAGACAGGUGAGAAAUAGUAGGCUUAUGAAGGACUGGGGAGAGGGGAGGUCUGUUCUUAGCUGGGACAUCAGGGAUUGCCACAGCCAAAGACAAGAUGUCAGAGAGCCUCUUGGGCCUUCCCAUUUGGCCCACUGGUGUAUUUUGGCCCAAACCACCCCUACCUAUCAAUCUGUCCAUCACCUGACAACAUACAAAAUUGGGUGCGACAAGUAAACGCAUGGAGCCAAACUGAACAGGAUUAAUUGGGCACAAACUUUAACCUUGCUUCUUCCUUUCCAGUAACAUAAGGCACUUUUUGAAUGAGGUACCCAUCUAUGGUGGCUGAGAAAAGCACCCAUUUUUAUUUUUUAAAGCACCAAAUUCUAGCUUGAUAUGAAGAAUCAACAACAUACUGUAUUUUUUGCUCUAUAAGACUCACUUUUUUGCUCUAUAAGACUCACUAAGGGGAAGUGUGUGUGCGUUUUAUGGAGAAAAUGCAGGCUGCGCAGCUAUCCCAGAAGCCAGAACAGCAAGAGGGAUCGCUGCUUUCACUGCGCAGCAAUCCCUCUUGCUGUUCUGGCUUCUGAGAUUCAAAGUAUUUUUUUUCUUGUUUUCCUCCUCCAAAAACUAGGUGCGUCUUGUGGUCUGGUGCAUCUUAUAGAGCGAAAAAUACGGUACUUAAGGGUAUGCUCCCAAUUCAUCCUUUCCAGCUGCAACCAUGGUUUGAAUUCAAACUGCACCAACAAAGAUGCACUCCUCCUUCUUCCUUUGAAUCACCUAGCAUCAUACCUCUUCUGGUGACUGACAGACAGGCAGUCCUAGCCACCCAUCAAAGUGAUCUGUGUUGAGUUCUAGAUCUGGCCUACUGACUGGAUCCAGUUUCUAAAUAGAUAGUAGCUGCACAUGCCUUCAUCUCUUUCCUUCUCUGCAGGUGGGGGAACAUUGCCUUGGACGAUGCUACGCAGUUUAAUCACUUGGAAGUGGUGAAGCUACUCAAAGAUUACCAAGACACCUACGUAUUGGGAGCCAGCCAGGCCCGGGAAGCAGCUGAGGACCUUUCCAAGGAGAACUUAGAAAGCAUGGUGUGAAAAUUGUGAACUAUUCUGUUAGCUGCAUUUCAACACAGAUUUAACUAGGUCACUUGCUCUCAUUUCUGAAAGGAGGCAGACACACCAGCGGACAUACUUCUGCUUAGGAUUUGAGCUGAGAUGUGGUUGGUUGGUUGGUUGGGUCCAUCCUAAAGGCUCUUCCUGAAGUUUCAUGCGGUCAGUCUCCCAAUUCUUGGGUUAUAGGAAACACCUACACCAGUUAGUUCCAUGCACAAGCUCGAUACUUGGUGACACAGCAGUAAACUUGAGUCCACAGAAACUGAGCUAGCAGAUAUUGGCGAGAGAGACCAAAGUGGGACCUUGUCUCUUAAGUGCUAACACUUCACACUGCCUGUAGAUCAAAGCAGACACUGCUUACAUAGGCAAAAGGCAUUUAAGGGCCAAAGUAGGCCUGCCCCUUUGCCCUACACUGUUAUCCCCACUAAGUACUAUGACUUUCUGUUGCUCCCUUCUUUCAAAUAAUUAUGAACCUCAGCAUGCAGUCCUAGUAUUUGUGUAAUUGGGAUGGGGGAAGCUUUCAGGCUGUGACUGCAGAGUUUUAUCUUUUUUAACAUUGCCAUUUGAUAUACAAUUUGUUAGGGUGGUUUGCAAAACAAAAAUGCUUUAAAACACCAGCUUUGAAAACCAGAAAGGGGCAAAGUGUACACCCACCUCAAGCCGUGCCUGCAAUGCUGGAGAUAAGACAAUCUCUCUGGGCCUUAGUUUUCUAGACAAACUAAAUAUUGCCCUAACUUUCUAGACAAGUCCCAGGAUAAAAGUGAUAAGAUCAAGAGGUGCAGAGUGAUGUGGUAAUACGGGUAGACAGAGUUACAACCCUAAGCAUAUUUGUUCAAUAUUUAAGUGUUAAGUCCCAACUGAAUUUGUAUGAGUCGAACAAGUGCAUUCAGAAUUGCACUCUGGAAUAAAGAGAGAAGUUCAGAGCAAAUGGUAGUGUUUUCUUCACAGAGCCUAUCUCCUUUCAGCAGCAAUUCUAGACUGAAGGGUGUUUUGUUUGUUUGUUUUAAAGCUUUUCUUAAACCAUGGGAUAUUUUCAGGAAAAAGCACUGGUCAGUCCAAAGCAGCUUAGGAGAGCACCAACAGAAAAUACAGUGUUUCAGAUAAAUUUAUUUUUAUUGAUUGUGAUAACUACACAACUGCCAACACACAUACAGUUAACAGAAUGCUGCUCUUCCUUGGUUCAAAAAAAUAGCUCCUUGUUGUCUUCAAGUUGUGGUCUAUAAAAUAAAGCACACCUCUGGAGAACGUGUCAGUGUGCUGGAUCUAAGAGUACUGGGAAAAGAGUGACCACAGAUAGCUGUAUCAGAACAUUUCUGGCUUGAUUUGUCACACAUAUAUUGCUGCUCCAUUAAACACAGACAAAACCCUGUACAAGGAAACUCCUGCUAAGCCAGGGUAUAAUGGAAUGAGGUGGGAUUAUUGGGCUGUGUAUUAAAAGAAAGUAAUUCCUGUAUAACUGAUUAUCAGUACAGGAGGAUUAGAGCUCCAAUGGGUAUGUCAGCAUCUUAGAUGCAGGCUUAGUUUGUCCUCCCACUGGCCCAGCAGAGGGCAAUAGUGGCUAUGCAUUGUACACAGAGAUCCAAGUGGAGUUUCCCUGCCUCCAGACAUCUGAAAGCCUAGGCAGAUACUUAGGCUGAGCAAGGGGACUCUAUACAUUAUUAAGGACAUGGAAUAAGAGCACCAAAAGGUGUGGCUGAUCACACACAAUAGCUGCAAAGAAACAAAUUUGACCGUGGAGCAACCACAUACAUUUUUCCAUAUGGACAAACCCUAAUUUAAGCCAAGUGUAUCCCGUGUUUGUAGACAGCCAAACGACCUCCUUUUACGAGAAUAAAGUAGCAGAGACAGAAAAUCAGAAUAUGUGGCCUUCUGUGCUCUGAAUAAUAUCUUACUACAUUCCAAAUGAGAUACGUUUCAACCUGGAAUCCAAAGGUCUCAUCUCUUCCUAAGAGAAAACAGUCAACGGGCUGAAUGGUACAUAUAGAUAUGAAACUUUGGCUCCUAUGACAAGGGUAUUGCAGGAGAGGGAUUCCUUCUUUUAUGUACCACUCUGAAGCCUCAUAUUCCAAGCAGUUUGUCCAUCUCUCCAAACAUCACUAAGCUGGAGAGGUUUUCAGUUCCUGUCGAGAUUUUCAGGUACAUCGAGGCCUGAAUGCGUGAUCAGUUCACCAUCCCAGACGGCAAAGGCAGGCACUACGGGGCCUUGGAACUCAGCAAAGAUGCUGUGGACGGACACAUGUUUGCUGACAUCCACCAGGCUGAGUUUCUUGCUGUCGUAGUCCAAGAGCAGACCCACUCUCUCUGGGUGGCCGAUGUUCUUGAUUGGAGUGGUCUCAUUAGCGAACAUGGCAUUCCAGUGCCGGUUCGCAUAGGAAAAGACCCAGGAGCGGUCAUCUACUCCAACACAACCGUCCCGGGAGAUGUCCACGUCUGCUACCCCUAUGCGGAAUUGCUGCGAUUCUUUGACAGUCACUUCCCAGUAGUGACGCCCACUGGAGACAGCCGUGUCACCCAGUACCACAGCCCAGUCUCUGAAGCGUUCAGGAUUCCGGGGAACGCUGGUGGGGUCAAUCCCCAGCAUACGGUAAAUGACACCAGUGUUCUUUUUGAACAGAUCCAAGCUGCUGUGGGCCGUUCUCUCAUCCAGCUUGAAAUUGAUCUCU